GGGCAGCAGAGGUCAUUGUAUCGGGGCGGGCGUUCUCUCUCUCACCCACCUUCUUGAGAAGAGGAGAAACCCUUGAUUUUGAUCUUCAUCUGCUUCGAUUCUUCCCUCUCACUGCGUCAACAAUGGAAUCGACUUACAGAAGAAGCGGAGCAGGGUUCUACGAGGGGAUCUACAGGCUCCUCAUGCGCAGGAACUCCAUCUAUGUCACGUUUAUUGUCGCCGGAGCCUUCUUUGGCGAACGGGCUGUGGACUAUGGAGUCCAUAAGUUGUGGGAAUACAACAACGUUGGGAAAAGAUAUGAGGACAUCCCAGUCUUAGGAACCAGACAAAGUGAAGAAUAAGAUGUCUUCCUCUCAUUUUGGUAUGGUACUAUUUUUGGGCGCGUCUCAUGUUUCACAAAUAAUUGACUGCCUGCUUAAUGGGUCUGUAAGGCAACUUAUUGCUCUGGCAUUUUUUUUGCCUUUGGAUGACAUAAUACAGCUAGUAAAUUCUUGAAGUUGUUUGUAAUCCCUGCUGCGAUGGCCAAAUUUGUGGUAAUCAUGCAUGUUUCUGUUUAUGCUAAUAAGUUCCUAUAUGGAGAUUGUUCUUACAGCA